CUCCGCCGUCGGUGCACUCUCAGUCGAAGUAAGGUGACUUCACGGCGAGGAACUAUCCUAGUAGAUCGCGAAAAAGCAGGGAGCUAAAUAGCUCACAAAAACUAAAUGGCUUGCGGAAAUUUACCGCCGCGGAAUAUCCGAGUGGAAUCCAAGGCUGAAUGGCUCUAGUACGCAGAGUAUCUGUACAGCAGAAAAGAUGGAGAGAAUGAUGGAAAACAAAAUGGAAAAAAAUUGGCUCAAAGUUCGAGCCUGGGAUAGUGCUGAAUAAGUCUACGUUAUACAAGGAGCUGUGCCAAGAACCAGACGCCAAUCACUGGAGAAACGCUUAUCCUGUCGCACCCAACCGCAUGGUCGCCUACACAGUAGAGCUCCUUUCCAGUGGCAAAAGGACUGAAAGCGAAGAAAGUUCAAGGUGCGUACCAAACGUUAUCCCCAUCAUUGCACCAUGGACCGCGAUCUUGGCGUUUCCAGGCAUGUUCAGGACAGUGCAACAGAAAUAUGAAGGAUAGAUGGAAGAUCCUAGUGCUAAAACCAGGGAAGCCACCACGGGAUCCAUCAUGUAUCAGCCGAUAUGCCUGUUGGAUACUCUUGGGAAACUUCUGGAAAGUGUCAUCCUCAAUAGGCUGGCAAGCUACGCUGAAUGUGAGAAUGGGUUUUCGGAGAGGCAGUUCGAAAGGAAUUUCGACGGUGGAUGCAACCUGCACAGUCAUUUCGAGCGCGGAGGAAGCAUUGAAGCAAAAGAGAAGACGUAAUCGCGAAGAAUGCGUUAAAUAGCACCAACUGGGUGGCUAUCACCUUACCGCUGCACAUAAUGCGGGUUUCGGACUACCGGUCAAAGUUUAUGAAUAGUUACUUCUAGAACCGAGUUCUAAUCAAUGAGACGAACAUGGGGCAGAGGUCGAUUGGGUUCACAGCGGGAGCACCCCAGGGCUCUGUACUCAGUUCAAUUCUGUUUAAUAUGAAGUACAACGGAGUUUUACCACUGGAACUGUCUAGAGAAAUUAAAAAGUGUCGACAUAGGUGCAUAGGAAGCAUGUAGAGGUGAACUGACGCAGUUUUUGUCCAGAUAUGGCUGCUUCCGGAAGUACCUGCUUCGGUUUAGACAUGCUUCAUCACUCCUUUGCCCGUAGUGUGUGAAUGUGCAAGGGACACCGGAAUACGUAGUCUUCAAGUGCACUAGGUUCGAAGAAGUUCAAAGAGGUAUAUCCAGCAUGGCAGUCGACAAUACAGUUGAAGAGAUAUACCACGAAGAACAUACCUUGGACCAGUGGCGUAGCCAGAAAUUUGGUUUGGAGGGGGUUUUGACGAAAAUCUUACAUUUUUCAAAAAUGUUGGCGGAUUUUUUGACGACAUUUAAUCUGUAGGCCGCGAUCGACUGGGUACUACCGUGUUCUGCAGUAAUAGCGAAAUGGGAUGGUGUGAGCGGGCAUGGGCGCUAUAACCCUACCGUAGGCAGAACCAAAUACCUGUCGCAGGUGUCAGUUAUGUUGGGUGGCGGACUACGAGACAGGUUAGGUCAAGUUCAACGAGUGGCCCAAAAACACCACUUUACUAACGAUCAAGGAGAAAAGGAUGAGCUGAAAACUCGCAACUUCGAAACCGUAGCAUUGGAGGAGCUUUGCUAGACGGGGCAGAAGGUGUGGACAUGCGGGGAUCGAGCGACGGCACAAGAGGCAGGCGAUCAGCGAAAGGAUGUGUGUAGUGUGGAUCAAAGGCCUUUUCUUCGACUAGAGCAUUAUCAAUGUGCACUGACUUCAAGAAGCCGAGAAAGAUGCUUUUUAUGCGCAACUGGAGCAUGUCUAUGAUAGCUGCCUAUGGCGGAAUGUUAAGUUCGUCGUCGGUGACAUAAACAUGCUGAUUGGCCGGGGGCAUUGUGUAAACCGGUUAUCGCACAGGAUACACCUUAUAAAUAAUGUGCAGAAAUUUUCACGAAGCAGUAGGCGACAAGAGUAUUGCAAGAAUCAGCUUGGAGACGCGCAGUUGACGACAGAUUCCGGAUCUACCUAAGAUUCAUGAAAAAAUAGGACGGUUGAACCACUGGCAAUGAUCAACUGUCAUGUGAGCUACUCAAACACAGAGUAGAGGAAUUGGCUAGAGCACUCCACUGUGUGCUUUUGAAGAUCUGGAAGGAGGAUAUUUUACCGAAGUAUAGGAUGUAGGGAGUAGUAUGUCCCAUCUAUAGAAAUGGUGUUAAGCGGGAUUUUUGCAACUAAUUACCAAUUAAUCACAUUACUGAACUGCCCUUGUAUGCAAAGGUGACGUAAAUGCCAUCGAGUAUUUAUUUUUUCAGGAAAUCAAUUUUCAAAUCUUGCAUGGUGCGGGUAAAAGCAUGCUUUCGUUACUUUGCUUUUUGCAUUUCAACAGGUUAUUUUUAAUUUUUAUUUGAAGUCGUUUGCACUGAAAGAUGCGAAUUUUCGUAGUGAAAUUAAAAAUACGAAAAAGUUAAAUUUGCGUUGAAGUCACUUUUACGUCACAAAUACGCGUUGCAUUCAUAUCUUCAACCAAGCUAUUUGCAAUAACAUUCCUGAAAACUUUGCUGGAGACACUAAUGGCGAUUUCGCUUGAACCUGAAACUGAGUCAGGUUCUAACCCCAACCGCUGUCAGUUCAUACAUUUUGACAGCAGUUGGGGUUAGGAACUGACUCAGUUUCGCCUCAAACAAAAACCACAUAAGUUUCGAACUAAUUUUGAUUGGGAUUAGUAAUGCAUCCAACUGGAAAAAUUAAUCAACAAAACUAUGCUGAUAAAUACUAAACCUCCAAAAGCUGAUGGUUCCCAAAUUACGGAAUCUUGGCGCCAUUCAAUUCGAUACCCAAAUGUACACCAUAAAUAGCGAAAAACGUGAAAAAAUUUCAAUUUUUUUUAUUACCAAUCGUAGCUAGUGGUACUUUAUAUAAGUGAUAACCCAAAAAAAAUCAAAUGCACAUAAAAACCGAUUUCUGACCUGUUAGGAACAAGCGUAAAACGCCAUUUUUCAUCAGUUUCUGUGUAGGCGUUUUCAUUAAGCUAUUUUGCUUGAUAUUUACAUGAUUUAUCAACUAUAGGAUCCUUACUAAACUAUUAGUUACAAGAUCCCAUUCUCACAAUUUACAAAAAGUCCCCAUAACGUUUGAAACAUUAGGUUCUCAAUGUAAUGAACAGAUAAUAAACUUCCAAAAAUUAUUAUUUGAAUAUUUAAUAAACUAGUCAGCAUCAAACUUUUUUUUCUUAAAUUCAAAUAUUUUAGUUUGAAGGGUGUUUUAACCCCCAAACCCCCCCCCCCUUGGCUACGCCACUGCCUUGGACAAUCAACAAAAAGCACUGCCGUCGGGUUCGGGAGAAAUUGAGGCCGUAUAAGUCCAUCGUCGGGGACUAGGUGAGUGGCGUCAGACAAAGUACUGUUUCAGAUCGAUGGAGCGCCAUAGUACCGGAAGUCACGCUCCACCCGGAAUCGCCGGACUUACCACCUUAUCCUACCGGUUUGCCCGAGGAAGAAGGGGUAGCCAGUAUAUCAGCGGACAUUGUGCGGCAAGAACAAAUGCGCUGGAAUAGUAGCAGAACUGUCUCCAUUAAAAAUGCCGAAAAGUCAUUAAAAGUCCAUUAAAAAUGUCGAAAAGUAUUUCAAUUUUUUGUUUAAGUUAAAAAUUGCGGACUGACUUUUUCACGAAGUUUGAGGUGUCCGGGACGACCUGCUGCGCGAGAUUGUUUAUAAACCCGCAUUUUAAUUUAUUUUGACAAUCAAAAAACUUUUUGAUGUUCAGUAAAUAUAUGUUAAAAAAAUACACGAAAGAUAAUUUGUUUCUCUUGUUGUUUUCAUACUAAAAAAUCCCUAAAACCCACCUUUUUAUGAGUCACUGAUGAGGAGACCCUCAUAAAUGGGACAUCGUAUUCUUUAUUGAAACAUAUAACAAAAUAAACACUGUACAAAUAUCAAGUUCGUACUGGCAAAUUCAUGUUCGACAUAGUAGACCAACAUUGUUAUCUGUCACAAACAGCCAUUCAGCAUCACGGUUGUGGAAGUUUUUCUGCUUUUGGUCCAAUUGAGCACAAGUGGUAGAGGCAGUGAAAUUAUCCAAUGGAAGUCCUUGCCUCAAAUAGUUUUUAUCGAGACGUUAAUGUAUUUCGCACGGCAUAUUACCCUACAGAAUUGAUGCUGUAUUUCGAAAAACAUCACAUUUUCGAAAUAUUAUUUGAUUUGAUGAUUUUGUUGGAUCAGAAGCGCCCAGAAAAUAUUGCAGAAUUUAUUGCAGAUAAUCUGACGGAUAUAUCCAAUAAAUAUAAAAGCAUCGCGGUAUCAGUGAAACUUAAUCCUAAUUUCCAAUAUGAAAAAUUCGUCAAAGUUUGCAAUCGAGCACUGCGGGCACCGGUCAUCCAAAUUAAACGGCCAGGUAUUAGAAAAGGACUAAAAAAACUGCCCGAUGUGUUGGAACGAUUCGGAUUGAACAACAAAAAUAAAAUUUUCAUCGGGACAGGUGAUAUUGAUAGCGAAAGACCACUUCUGAAAGACUUCAACGUAAACCGAAACAUCGAUGUGAAUGGCAACGAGCUUGAAGCUGACGUAACUCCUAACCGCUGGCGAACGAUUUUGCCCAUUGUAAUAGAUUUAAAAAACACUAUCCAAUUGAUGAAAAGCAGUCCCAAUCACCCAAUCAUUAAAUACGUAGAACGAAUCGUUUUUCUCGGGAGACCCGGGUCAGGAAAACAUCGCUUAGCUCGAAUGGUGGCUAAUCGGUUGGAUCUUGUACUUGUAUCUGCCAAAGAAAUAGUGGAUCGAUCCAGACAAGUCCCUAAUUUGUUCAAGAAAACCUUGGAAAUCGGACUUGAAGAUAACAUGCAUACUUCCGAGCUGAUAACUACGAUCCUGGAAAAGAGACUACUAGAACCAGAUUGUCAACGGUUCGGUUGGGUCCUCGUAGAUUUUCCCAACACAGCUGAAGAUGUUGAAAACCUAUUCCAUUUACUGCUAGUUCCGCGAAAGGCAAUUUUUUUGCACACUAACGAACGACUUUGUUGGAAGCGGAAAAUGAGUCAAAAAAGUACUGGGCAAUCGCCGUAUACGAGCCACAACAAAAACCUUAGAGAGUCAGUUCUGAGAGCAGAGUUCAACUACUUUGACAUUCAUCAGCCAGGGUUGAUCUCGGCACUGGAAAAACAAAAAUGUAUCUUACUGGAUGUCGAUGGGAACAACAAAAUAGAGAAGUUAUACAAAGAUAUUAUAAAAAAAUUAAAUGUGUUUGUGUCUGAUAGUCAACUGAAAUAA